AUGCUCAAGCGAGUCUUCGGCAACGGUCUCUGCAGGAAACGUUUACUCUGGAAGCGUCUCGACGAUCAUUUCUUCGCCAAGUGGAACCGCUUCAAGCGUCUCGUCAAGCGUCUCAUCAAGCGUGUCCCCAAGCGUCUCUUCUGCGGCGGACACAUCUGGAAUUGUCACAUCUGGAACGGCAACAUCAACUAUCGGCUUAUCAACAACCAACUCAUCCGCAACCGUCUCAUCUACAACCAUCUCGUCUACAACGACUUCUGGGGCAACGGCUUCGAUAUUUCAACAGACUACUACACAGAGGUCCCCGAUACAGGUGUUACCCGGGAAUACUGGUUUGAGCUAACUGAGGGCACUGCAUCACCAGAUGGUGUAGAAAGAUUUGUGGAAGCUAUUAAUGGCAGUAUUCCGGGGCCAACCAUUACCGCGGAUUGGGGAGACUAUAUCAUUGUUCAUCUAACCAAUGCUCUAACCACCUCGGUAAACGGAACAUCUCUGCACUUUCACGGAAUACGCCAAAACUACACAAACGACCAAGAUGGAGUCUCUUCUAUUACCCAAUGUCCUACCCCUCCCGGAACCAGUAUAACAUACAAAUGGAGGGCAACACAGUAUGGCACUACGUGGUAUCACUCGCACUUUGCUCUGCAAGCCUGGCAAGGCGUAUUUGGCCCCAUUGUCAUCAACGGGCCAGCCUCUGCCAAUUACGAUGUGGACGCAGGUACAAUCUUUUUGAGCGAUUGGACUCAUCAGACUCCUGAUGAGCUGUUCGCGGUUGCAGAGACCAGGGGCCCUCCUGGACAAUCAAAUGGAUUACUCAAUGGAAAGAAUGUAUAUGGUGAUGACGACUCAAGCGAGCAGACUGGAGAACGGUGGAACAUGACGUUCACUCCAGGCACUUCGUAUCGAAUGAGAGUUAUCAACGGAGCUAUUGACUCUAGCUUCAAGUUCAGCAUCGACAAUCAUACUCUUACGGUCAUUGCCAGUGAUCUUGUUCCUAUUGAGCCGUACACGGCCGAGAUCAUAACUCUUGGAGGAGGUCAACGUUACGAUGUCAUUGUGACUGCCAAUCAAGGAGCUGUAGCCGACAGCUUCUGGAUGAGAAGCAUACCGAUGAGUUCUUGUAGUUCUAACGACAUGAAGGAUAACAUCAAGGGUAUCGUCUACUACGAGGGCUCAAAUACACUGCCCACAAGUACCGGAUAUGAUUAUGUCGAUGCGUGCGAUGACGAGACUGAUAACCUCGUGCCCGUGGUCUCGCAGACUGUCGGAGCAAUGUCAACUGAGAUCAUCGAAUUGGCUUCUGUCAACAUGUAUAAUGGACAAGGAUUUAGAUGGUUCCUCAACUCUACCACUAUGAUCACCGACUGGGCCGACCCAUCUCUUCUCCAGCUCUAUAACAACGUGACCGAGUUCGAAAGCUCCAAUGCAGUUGUUACUCUGGAUGAAGCCAACGUAUGGGUGUAUCUUAUUAUAGAGACCAAUUUCCAGGUCAGCCAUCCUAUCCAUCUUCAUGGUCACGAUUUUGUCAUCCUCGCCCAAGGCAGUGGCUCAUUUGAUGACACUGUUACCCUCAAGACCGAUAACCCACCCCGAAGAGACGUCGUCAUGUUGCCGGGAAGCGGCUACGUAGCUAUUGCAUUUUAUACCGAUAACCCCGGUGCCUGGUUGAUGCACUGCCACAUUGGCUGGCACACCUCGGAGGGUUUUGCUUUGCAGUUUGUGGAGCGUCAAAGCGAGAUCAUGCAGACCGUAGACACUGAUCGCUUGCAAGACACUUGUGACGCUUGGAGUGAAUACCAGACUGCCAAGGCCAUUGUUCAGGAGGACUCUGGCAUAUAA